UUUUUUUAAGAUUUGCAACUUUAAUUAAGUUCUUACAUAUCUAAUUCUUAUUUUUUUACUAUUUCCGUUGGGAAAAAAUCAAAUAAGUGAUGUCAUAUACUUAAUCCCGUGGCCAAAGGUGUCAUGAGUUAUGUUGACUUGCAAUUGUCACCUUUUGCAAAUACGUUGUAUUAGAAAAGAACAAUGCUUAGACUCUUUGGGCAUAAAGCAGCGUGAGCAUAAAUAAAAAGUGCGAAUAUUGGCGAAUAUUGAAAAGAAUAGGAGAGACUUAUAACCGAAAAAAGAAACAUAACAAUAUUUCCGUUGGGAUGUUAACUUUGUUUUAUUAUCACAUUUCCAAGUCAAACAAUGCCGUACGCUUCGGGGAACGCUUGAAUUGCAAUUAAUAGAUUCAUAAUUGAAUGUUUACCUGACGCUCUGUGUUCAAUAAAUGUGAAAAAAUAAUAUUUCAUGACUUUAGUUGGAUCUAAUAAACGACUGUGUGAACAUCUAUUGGGGUUUUUUCUCUGCCUCACUAGGCAUUAGAAGCUGUGGAAUAAAGAGUUGUAUCUUGAAGAGGAAUAGCAAAAAACGUCCAAAAAUCGAGCAAUGGAUGUGACCACUUUGCCCACAAUCCCGCAAUUUUUUGCGGGACGGGACAUCUUCAUCACGGGCGGAAGUGGAUUUAUGGGCAAGGCAUUGAUCGAGAAGAUUUUGUAUUGUUGUCCAGGAGUUGGAAAAAUCUACAUUUUGCUGCGCCCAAAGAAAAAUCGUGGUAUUGCAGAGCGAUUGGCUCUGCUGAAGGAGGAAUCGGUCUUUGAGCGGGUUCGUCGGGAUAAGGCAGAACAAUUGGACAAACUCAUUCCAGUUGCGGGUGAUGUAAGUGUCCUGCAAAUGGGCAUAUCGGAGGAUGAUGUCCGAGCGAUGGAGAAUGUGUCAAUUGUGUUUCAUGUGGCGGCAAGUGUAAGAUUUGACGAUCCCCUCAAAGAUGCCAUUCUAAUGAAUGCAAGGGGAACAAGGGAAGUUUGUCGUUUUGCCGAGAAACUUCAGCAUCUCAAGGUGAUGAUGCACGUCUCGACGUCCUAUUGCAAUCCCGAUUGGCAUGAUAUUGAAGAGAAAAUUUACCCGCCCUAUGCAGACUGGGAGAAGGCUAUUAAAAUUGCAGAAACCUACGAUAAAGAAUUACUUGAUAUUCUUGCACCAAAGUACACAAGUUUCCAGCCAAACACUUACACAUUCACCAAGUCUCUGGCCGAGCAGAUAAUCAAUGACUUCAAGGAGAAACUGCCGGUGAUUAUCUUUAGGCCGUCAAUUGUCAUCUCAGCCGUGUCAGAGCCAAUGCCCGGAUGGAUUGAUAACUUCAAUGGUCCCGUGGGGCUUCUGGUGGGCUGUGGCUUGGGUAUCAACAGGACACUGUACUCCAAUCCUGACAAUGUGGCUGAUUACACUCCCGUGGACAUUGCUGUGAGGGCCAUGCUGUCGGCCGUUUGGAAGAGAGGCACUCAAGAACCACUCGAUCUUUUGCCCAUUUACAACUGUUCAACAUCCGAUGUGAGACCAACGACAUUCAACGAAGUGGUGAAUCUGGGCAAAGAUCUCUCACCGCAAUGGCCCUUCGAUCAGACUCUGUGGGCUCCUGGAGGCAGUGUGACCAAUUGGAAGGCCUAUAACUAUGUAAAAGUGAUACUGUUGCACGUCCUCCCGGCCAUUAUCAUUGACACAGCCCUGAAACUGAGUGGGAAGAAACCUUUUAUCCUGCGCCUCCAGAGACGAAUUUAUCAGGCCAAUCAGGCUCUGGCGUAUUUUGUGCUGAACACAUGGACAUUCCAGAAUAAGAAUCUCUAUUCGCUGAAUGAGGGACUGCAGGAUUGCGAUCUGAAGGCCUUUCAGUUCAACUAUGAGAUAAAUACUGAUGUCCGGAAUUACUUUAGCAUGGCCAUUUUGGGCACAAGGAGAUACCUGAUGCAUGAGAAGGAUGAAGAUCUGCCCAAGGCUAGGCUGAGAUUUCAGCGAAUGAGGAUUCUCGAUAGGGUACUGAAGAGUAUAGUCUACAGUUGCUUUGCAUACUUCUUGAUUGUUAGGCUGGACAUCAUUCCGCUUUUGCUGCGUCUCACUAAUAAAAAUGUCGCACAGUACAUGAAUUGAAAAGAAAUUUUUUGAUUUAUGUUUUAUGUUAUGAAUUGUUUAUUCUUUUUUUUAUACAAAUCAAAAUGAAAGUUGCGUGGCGAUCCACUAAAUAUAAAAAAAAAUGGAAUGGAAA